AUGGCUCCCGAUCCCAAACUUUCCGGACACCUCGGCCAUCUGACCGGCGAGCAAGAAGCGAAAUUGCGCGAGUUUUGGUGCAUACUUUUCACGUCCGUCGCAUCGGUCCUGUCCGCAGUUUAUGAGGUCCCCAUUCCGGAUGGCCCUCCGAGUAAGAUAUUUGAAAUCCUGGACAGGAUUGAAGAGCCAACAGUGGAUGCAAUCACUUCUGCACUAAAGGGAAUAACCUUACAAGAGUCGAACGGAGCUUCCACGGAGACAAAUGGAGAUACCAACGGUCACACCAAUGGAGAAGGGGCAGAGGCUAAAGCUGCGGAGACAAUCGUCAUGUCCGAAAAGGCAAAUCAAAAAGUCACGCCAGAGCACUUCGCUUCUCUCCUCGCUGAGCUCCGCAAGCUUGGAGUGCAGGACUCUGAGAUCAAAUCCAUGGAGAGUAUCCUAUCCCAAAUGACGCCGAAAGAGAUGUGUUACAAUGUUUUGAAAAUGGUCAAACAGGAGCACCCUGAUAGCUUACUACUGCGCUUCCUGCGAGCCAGGAAGUGGGACGUCGGUAAAGCAUUUUCCAUGAUGGCUUCCACCAUUCUCUGGAGGAAAGAGAUGGAAGUCGACGAUGAGAUUCUGCCUCGUGGAGAGGCAUACGCACUAGAGCAGUCCCGCGGAAAGGGGGUGUCUGCAAAGGAAAAGAAGGAGGGAGCUGAUUUGAUCAACCAGCUCAAGAUGGGCAAGAGCUUCCUUCACGGCUUUGAUCGGGAGGGCCGCCCCGUGAAUUAUGUCCGAGUCAAGAUUCACAAACCUGGUGCUCAGAGCGAGCAGACCCUUGAGCGGUAUAUUGUUCAAGUCAUUGAGUCGACGCGACUUAUCAUUGCUCCUCCUGUCGAAACGGGUGAAUAUGGUCCGGUGAAAUUCAUCAUCAAGUGCUUUGAAGCAAACUAUCCGGAAUCUCUCGGUCUACUUCUCAUCCAUAACGCACCAUGGGUAUUCUCCGGAAUCUGGAGAUUGAUCCAGGGCUGGCUAGACCCGGUUGUCGCCUCAAAGAUCCAGUUCACCCGCUCCGUUGCCGACCUCGACAAAUACAUUCCUCGGAACCAGAUCCCCAAAGAGCUCAAAGGUGACGAAGACUGGAAUUAUCAAUACAUCGAGCCAGUAGAGAAUGAGAAUGCGCCCAUGCAAGAUACGGAGACGCGAGACUCACUCAUGCUCGAGCGCACCAAGAUCGGCACUCGGCUGCUGGGCGUCACAGCAGCCUGGAUAUUGGCUACUACGUCGAAUGAAGAGUCCUCGAAGGUUGAGGGGCUCAAGUCCAGACGUGAUGCGAUCGUCGAGGACUUCCGAGUCAAUUAUUGGAAAUUGGAUCCUUAUAUCCGGGCGCGGGCGCUCAUUGACCGGAACGGAAUGCUUCUUCCCGGUGGUCAGCUUUCAAGGGGCGUUAUCGAAGGCCAGAAGAGAUAG